AAACUAACAGAAGAGGAGAGAAAGCUUUUCCGCUUGUACGGCAGAUUGCCAACAGGGAAAGACAUUUUAAGUCACAAAUUAAAGGAACGUAAGUAUUUUGAUUCGGGCGACUACGCUCUUUCAAAAGCUGGAAAGACGUCUAGCCCUGUUGGUGUUCAACAUCCCUCUCCAGAAACUAUCCCUCAUGCGAAUGCUAUUGCGGCUACUACACAUAAUUCAUCACCUGUGAAGGAAAGUUCCCUGGUUCAUGAGGCAGAAAUUGAAGAGAAAGCUGGUGAUCAGAAUACGGAAAAUAACCAAAGUAGCGAUGAUAAGGACAGCGAAAAUUUAUCAGCCGAACAAAUCGUGGCACCAACGCAAGGUGAAAAUACUCAAGGUCAAUUGACCGACAUUACUGCUACAACUACCGAUAACAGUUCGUGA